AUGCCGUCUGAAGUGCAUGAAUCCCAUAUGACAUGGGUCAAGGACGUGAUGGGCCAAUGGCUUCAACAAGGAACUCUUACCUUUCCUGAAUAUCGACACCUCAAACUCCUUGCCUCGCCUAGGCAGAGGUUUACGCAAGGUCCUUACUCAGGUUCCAUUAAGGAGCCUGAUGCAUGCAUGCGCCCCGAUAAUCUUGUAAGGCCAACCUUUGUCGUCGAAGCAGGUUGGUCGGAACCCCGCCGGGAGUUAUUAGACGACAUGAACUUGUGGCUAGUGGGCGGUAAUGGAGAGGUAAAUGCGGUCUUGAUACUGGAUUGGCGCCGUAUCGGUACUUCCAAUCGAGUAGAAGGGGUUGCCGACCUUUACGUCCGUGACCGGCAAGGUAUGCUAAUAUGCCAGCAGCGUGAGCAGAUCUUUCCAGCACCCAACCCGCAACAGGCGGCGAACCAAGCCAUUCAUGUCACGCGUCGAGUGCUGUUCGGGCCCACAGUCUCCCAAGGAAGAAAUCCCAGAGAGGUACUCAACAUGUCGGUGGACUUUUUGAGAUCAUCUGGAAGAGAACAGAUGAGCUUAAUGGGGCUUGUCCCCGCUUGA